AAGUCAUUCGGAUUUCCAGAGCCGUGAUGCAGAUGAGGAAGUGUAGACACUAGUUUUCGAGAAUAUAGUGUUUGGCAGGAGAUAGUCUUGUGGCGGCGAAGAGGCAAUGAUCGAGAGGAUCAAGGCUUUCGUUGAGAAUCUGUACUGCAGUGACUGAAUAGUCACUCUUAUGUUAGCCGUUGUACUAAGUACUAGUCAUCAACAUGGUGCUCUAUCUGCAUCAUUCCUUGAACUGAAUGAUGGUGAUGAUGAUGCCAAAGGACGGUGUGGUGGGAUAGAUAUAUAACCGAGUGCUCGGGUAAGUAUGUAUACAACAUCAUGCUUAUAGCAUGCGGAGUUAGAGUUCACUAUAUAAUUAGGUCAGUACUAGUAGUCGCCUGGAAUAGACAUGAAUUGAUAGCAAAUAAACUUCAGGACCACUUCAUGAUACCGCCAGAAAGCAAGUUCGGACCAAAAGAACCCAAGAAGGGAAGCCGCUGGGCGGGAGCACGUGGACCCGCGUUUUCUCCGCGUCGCGCACGAGAUGACCGAGGGUCUCCAGUAUCGACUUCCUCCACCUCCACGCUUAUGGAUCUUUUGUCGGUCCUUCCGGACUUCCCUACCAAGCCAUAUGCUCAUAUUCUCCCGCCUCUUGAGCGAAGCCAUAUCAGCACGGUCGACUUAAUCACUCUUGACAUCCUCGAAGUCGCAAAGCGUGCUCGCGUCCCUCCCGCCGAUGUUCGCCGACUGUCCGCUCAGAUCAUAAGAGCUCUCCAUCAUGAUGUCGGUUUCAAGGAAAACAGAGACACCGAUGCCGAUGAGCCAAGCUCCAGCCUCACUGUCGACGUUCCUGUCUUUCCAGGCCCGACAACCAAGCUAGACUUAUCACAGUGGAGCGCGAUUAGCACCCUCGACCCCACGUUGGACGCUCUGCUCGAUGGCGGCAUACCGACGGGUUAUGUGACUGAGGUAACCGGUGAGAGGUGCGUAUACUCGCUCCCCAGAGUGAGUUCAUUCUUAUUCGAGAAGUCCUGACCUAACGGCUAAUUGGUCACAGUGGGAGUGGCAAGACGCAAUUCCUUCUCACCCUUCUUCUGGCCGCUCAACUUCCUGCACCCCGUGGUCUGGGCAAGUGUGCCAUAUACAUUUCC